AUGGAGGAAGAAGACUCGAUUUCCGCUGAUUCACUCUCUCUCAACACUCUAGCCUCUAUUAGAUCACUCAUUAUCAACGCCGACACUUCCGUCUCGGUGAUUUCCUCGGUGUUCGAUUUCUUUACUGGUCUACUAAGCCGAGACGACUCCGCGAUUCUUCACCACGUUCUCAAGCUACUCUCCGACCUUGCUUUCCAUCGAAAGGAAUUAGCACCACAAAUCUUCGACUCGGUCCUUUCCAACUUGCUCCGCCUUCAAAACUCCGGUGCCGACGAGAGCCGAGGACGCGUCGCCGUGGAAUCGCUUGCUGUGCUUGCGUCGUUAUCCGAAAGCAACCGUAGCAUCGCCACCGCGAUUUCUAAAAUUGACGGCGAGGUGUUUGCGUCGAUCUGCCUCGGAGCUUCUGUAUCUUCUCGAUUGUGGCUACUUAGGAACGCGGAGAGGUUCUAUGUCUCGUCGUCCGUACUUUUCACAUUGUUUCUAGGGUUUAGCAAGGAUCCGUAUCCAUGUAUCAGAAAAGUAGCUCUUGAUGGACUGAUUAGUGUAUGUAAGGUUGGUGACUUCGAUCACCCCAAUGCCGUACAAUGUUGCUAUACUCGUGCUGUUGAGCUUCUUGGCGAUGCUGAAGAUAGUGUCAGAUCUUCUGCAGUUCGAGCCGUUAGUAUGUGGGGCAGAGUUUUGAUAGCAUCCAAGGAAGAGACGAACAGAAGAGAGUGUACAGAUGCUGUGUUUCUCCAGCUUUGUUUGAUUGUGAGAGAUAUGAGUGUAGAAGUGAGGGUUGAGGUCUUCAAGGCAUUUGGGAUAUUAGGGACUGCAUCAGAAAGCAUUAUAUUGCAAACACUUUCUAAAAAAGUAUUGGAAGCUGGAAAAGGGAAGAAACCGCAGAAUCAUCUUUCAAAUGAUACUGCUGAUGUCUCUGCUGCAGCUGGAGUUUUCAUUCAUGGUUUUGAAGAUGAAUUCUACGAGGUACGGGAAGCUGCGGUUGACUCCUUCCACUCCCUCUCAGUAAAUUCUAUCAAAUUCCCAGAUGAAGCUGUGUACCUAUUGAUGGAUAUGCUAUACGAUGAUUAUAUGGUUGUCAGGUUGAAAGCUUUACAGGCAUUGCAUCAUAUAGCAGACUUGGGGAACCUGAAGAUACAAGAAACUUACUUGCCCGGCUUUUUGGAUGCUAUUGUUGAUACUUCUGAUAACGUAAGACUUACGGCUAGAAACAUUCUUAAAUUGGCAAAGCUGCCUGAUCUGAAGCUGGUCAACAAAUGUGUUGAUGGUGUCCUAAAAAGUUUAGAGAUGUAUCCACAGGACGAACCUGAUAUCUUGUCUUCUCUGUUCCAUUUCGGACAAAACCAUACAAAUUUCUUACACAGUAUGGUCAAGAGAUUUAGUGAAACGUUAGAGACAUCAUCCGGAACUAAAUCUGAAUUCAACUGCCUUCAGUUAUCUGCGUCGCUGAUGCUGAUAAUCUCAGCCCCUCUCUCAAACAAACAAAGCUUCACUUCCAUACCACCUAUGGCUUUUUCAUAUUCGCUUGCAAUGCUGGGGAAAUUCUCUUGUGGACUUCAUGAUAUGAUGGACCAGGAUACGCUGUUGGCUUACUUGGCUCAAUGCGCUCUUCUUUCUGCUUCUUCGGGGACAGAAUUCAACAAAGGAGAUAUAUUUUUAAAUGCCUAUAGGCGCAGUAAUGCAGAUCUUAGUGGAAACCCUGUCCUACAACCAAACAAAGAUAUACCUGCUGAGAGCAAACACGUGGCUUCCGAAGAAGAACUGGAAAAUAGAAAUCAAGCACUGAAGUCUGUUAGCCAUAUACUGUUGAAAAUAAAGGCUGCCUGGUUAUUAUCACAAUCAGGAUGCUCGAAAGAAGCACUCCGAGCUUUGAGGGCUUGCAAACAGGAGUUAUCAACUUUGGCAGCCAAAUCUCCAAUCUCCAAUGGUGCAUUCGAAUUUGUGUAUCAAUACGUUCACAUAAUAGAACUUCUCACUCAGGCAUGGCCUCAUUUCGAAUACUCAAGACCAAUUAGCACUUGUAGAUCUGUAGAACUGGAACUACUGAUGGAAGAGGUGGAGAUAAAACUGAUGGAGAUAAGGUGUAGAUUCACAGGCAUGUCUACGGAGGUGUCACUAGUACUGGAGCUAGUAAUUUUUAGUUGCUUGUUAAGGCUAUAUAAACUUGAGAUUUGCUACCGCCUUAGCUGCAUGAAGAAGCUAUCUUCAACAGUAUCUCAAUUAGAACUUCACCAUGAACAACAAUGCACCAAACCAUCAGAUUUUCUUACUGAAACGAAGAAGUCAUUGCAUGAGAUUGGGAGCUCUGCUGAUAUAAAUUGCUGUAGACUGCUUGAUCUCAUCAAGAUGUUCAAUUGCUUCUCCCGGGAACAGUUUACGUUCUCUGGUAAUCUGCAGUGUGUCAGUGCAGAGCUAGAGGUUCCUAAUAAUGGUCCUUACAGUCCGAUUUCCUUUGUGCCUGGUCUCCCGGUGGCUAUACCGUGUGCGAUCAGGCUAGUUAAUGUGCCAAGAGAUACCUGUUUGUGGCUGAGAAUAUCCAGAAGCGAUGAAACUUGCCAGUUUGUUUACGUGGACCCAAGCCUCUACAAUGGCGAUGGGAGGGAGAAGAGGUUCAUGUUUAGUGCAGUAACUUACAUGACCCCGAGAGCUGUUGUGUUGACAUUGCGGGUUUCAAUAGGCAUAGAGUGUUUGUUUGAAGACAUUGGUUACAGAAAACAGCGUUGUCAUGGUCCCAAGCAUCCAGUGGCGUAUCUGUAUAAAGAAAGAGAAGUUCAACUAGUUUCGAGAACCUAA